AAAAUCCAUAGACAUGUCGGCCAUUUUGAUAGAAUGUGACAUAUAAAAAAAAUGAUUGUUGUGUUUAUGGUACGCCAUGGCGGAUCGAGUUGGACACGGUGAAUUUGUGAAAGAAAAUAAUCAAAAAUUCAACAAUGAAAGGCGGAGUAGUAAGCAAUGGGUCAAACUAAACGUUGGUGGCACAUAUUUUCUAACUACGAAAACUACUUUGUGUAGAGAUCCUAAUUCAUUUUUAUAUCGAUUAGUUCAAGAGGACAGUGACUUGAUUUCUGACAGGGACGAGACCGGCGCCUAUUUAAUAGAUAGAGAUCCUACGUAUUUUUCUCCAGUGCUCAAUUAUCUUCGUCACGGUAAACUGGUUAUAAAUAAUGAUAUUGCCGAAGAGGGAGUGCUAGAGGAAGCAGAAUUUUAUAAUAUUACGGAGCUGAUUAAAUUAGUUAAAGAAAGAAUACGUCAGAAGGAAAGGAGGCCACUGAAAGAUAGCAAAAAGCAUGUUUACAGAGUUCUUCAGUUUCAUGAAGAAGAGUUGACCCAAAUGGUUUCAUCAAUGUCUGAUGGUUGGAAGUUUGAACAGCUGAUAAAUAUUGGCUCCCAAUACAACUAUGGAAACGAUGAACAUGCAGAGUUUCUGUGUAUUGUUAGUCGGGAGUGUGGCAGUACUGUGAACAGCAAUGAUAUCGAGCCCACUGACCGCGCCAAGGUGCUCCAACAAAAAGGUUCACGUAUGUGAGCUUAGUACAAACUUAUUUUUUGAGACUGUCAGCUCUUGUGUGUGAAUUGUGUAUAUAAGUAUUAGUAGAGUGUAAACAGACAGUCUUUAUUAUGUUUCUUUAAUACAUUUGUUCAUUUUAGAUUUUCUGAAUAGUCAAUUCAUCAAUUGAUUGGUAACUUGGCUGGUGUCAUAAAACAAAGAAAUACUCAGUUUGAUAUAACAGAGGUAACUAGAGGUAUAAUUUGAAUGUUUAUUAUGACAUAAUAUUGUUAAAUUUGUUGAGUGUCUUGUAUUUUAUAAACUUUGUUCAGACUGUAAAGUGGAAAGAAAGUAAAAUUCUAGCUUCCCUAACAAAGAAGGUGGUGAUAAUUUAGCAAUAAAACAACUGUAGAAUCAAAUAUAGCAUGUUUAGACAAGUAAGGGCUAUGUACUCCAGUGUUAGUGAUCAAUAUAAAUUAUAAACCACCCGUACUUAAAGUCUUAAGAAGAGUUUAGAAUGUAAUUAUUAAUAUUACAGUUGAAUUUUAUUUUUUUACAUUUUGUAAUGUGUCUGCUUGUAAUGUUCAAAUAGGUGUAAAUAUUGUGAAUGUGUCUCUGGUGAAAGAUAAUAUUACACAAACAUGUAAAACAUUUGUAAGGGAAGCUAAAUAUUUUUUUUACGGACCACUGUUUAAAUGUUACAAUGCCUAACUUAUAUCAGGCUUAGACAUUUUAUUGCAAACAAGGAUUUGUCCUUGGACCUUAGUCAUAGUUUGUUGGUUGCAAUUAAUACCUAGCAACAAGCAUUAGAGGGCUAGACAACAGUUAGCUAUUUUACUACAUUUUAUAGCUUAAAAUUUUAUAUUCUUGUGAGUUAUGGUAAUGCUAGUGUAAGUUACUAUGUAUUAAAAACCUGCAGCUUUUUUUGCAUGCAGAAGUGUGUUUGUAACAGUUGGAUAUAUUGAACCCUGCACAGUGUGGACUGUGGACAAUCAUGCUCUGCAGGGGUCAAGCCGUAAUUCAAAGGGAUGAAAUACUAAGAUUGUUGAUUGUGUCUAAAACAAUAAUAUAGCUUGAGAGUAAAUGCUAAAUGAUUCUACGAACUGUUUGAAACGUCACUCCCAAUAAGGAAUUUAUACAAUAUUAAUAUAAAGAAUCUAAUAGUUUUAUAGUUAUAAUAGCAUAGAUAUACAUUUAGCACAUUAAGUAGCACAUUUCAAACAAAAUUAGGUGCCUUUUUAUGUUACAGUAACUUGUGAGUUUUAUUCAACUAUAAUAUAAGUAUAUUUAACACCAAAAUAGAAUAUAUAGACAUGUUCCAUUUUUAUAACACAAAUUUUACAUCUAUAAAAUGUAGCUACAUAUUUGCUAAAUGUGCACACAGAAAGACAGCUUAGAAAUUAACAGUGAUAUAUUAAAGUACCCCUAAAUACAUAGUACAAUUGUUCAGAUCAGGAAAUCUGAUGUUAACUUGGUUGUUAUUUGGUCUAGAAUAAUAAACUACCAAUCAUAACAACUAAUACCAGCA